AUGCCAUCCGGAGAUGGGUUGCAAAGCAAGUUCAUGAUAUUUUGGCGAAGCGAGCCGGGUUCGCAUGGCAGCGAAGCAGAAAUGGAGCGUGUUAUGAGGAAAAGGACAAGCAAACGCGAGCUUGUGAUCGAUGAGGCAAGACUAAUCGUCGAGGAUUAG